CGGAAGUGGUUGGCGGCUGUGCUCAAACAUCAACAAGAAGAAACGAUGCAUUCAUAUUUGAAUUUCUGACAGUUUAGUGACACUUUUUGAAAAGAACGUGUAUACGACAGAUGCCCCCCGGGGUUAGCUGACUUCCGCCAGCUGGUUCCUGACUUCCUGUGGUCAUGGAGGAUGAUUUCCUGCUCGCCCUGCGGCUCCAGGAGCAGUUUGACACCGAGUACCAGACCGCGUCCUCCUCCUCCUCGUCAAACCGGCUCGAUGAUGCCGGACAGAGCAGCAGCAAGAAGCGACGGCUGGACGUGUACCCCGCGGGCGGCAGCGGAGCUUUCCCCCGCUGGGAGAAGCCCGAGAGGCCGCUGUCCAUCGUGGAUGCGUCGUGGGAGACGCUGGACCCCAGCCCCGACGUCCGGGCCAUGUUCCUGGACUUCAACCACACGUUCUUUUGGGGGAAGCUCAGCGGGGUGGAGGUGAAGUGGAGCCCCAGAAUGACCCUCUGUGCUGGUGUGUGUUCGUACGAGGGUCGGGGGGGACUGUGCUCCAUCAGACUCAGUGAGCCGCUGCUGAAACUGAGACCCAGAAAAGACCUGGUGGAGACUCUCCUCCAUGAAAUGAUUCACGCCCUCCUGUUUGUGACGGCGAACAACAGAGACCGAGACGGUCACGGUCCUGAGUUCUGCAAACAUAUGGACCGUAUCAACGAUGCCACUGGAACCAGUAUCUCUGUCUACCACAGCUUCCACGAUGAGGUUGAUGUGUACCGGCAGCACUGGUGGCGGUGCGACGGGCCCUGCCAGAACCGCAAGCCCUACUUUGGCUACGUGAAGAGGGCCAUGAACCGGGUUCCGUCGGCUCAGGACCCCUGGUGGGCGGACCACCAGAGGACGUGUGGCGGGACGUACACCAAGAUCAAGGAGCCUGAAGGAUACGGCCAGAAAGGAAAGAAGGCCGGGAAGACGGACGGGAAGAAGGACAUGAAGAAGGACGUGAAGAAGGACGGGAAGACAUUACCUAAGGAGGCCUCGGGAAGUGGGAAACCUUCCAGUACAGCUACAGGUUCUGGAUUACAGGAUAUAAGGAACAUGAUCCCGUUUACUGGCAAAGGCUUCCUGCUCGGAGGGAGGUCACAGACCUCCACGUCUUCCUCCCCAUCCCACAAACCACCAGUCGCUCUUGUGAAAACACCAUCGUCCAACCCAGUGUUCUCUCCUCCUAAGAAACUCUUCCCCCCGUCGUCCCCGGCUAAAGCCCUCACCUCUCCCUUUCACUCUGGAAUCUCCGGGGCCUUUUCCUCCAGCGGGCAAACAACCUCCACGGGCAAAAAGCCUCCUAAAAAAAGGUCCGUGGGAAACACCAGGGUGUUUGUCAGCAUCAACGGGUCGCCGGUUCGAAUCCCUAAACCACACAGUAGCAGCAGAAGCCAAGUAGCAGAGAAAACAAAGCAGAGUUCCAUCGAGGACCUUUUCGAAAGCAUGGGUGUCAGAAGCUCAUCGGGUGCUGAGACUAGAAGAGACUCACUGACGUCACCGGAGACUUCCAGGAGCACUGCCUUAGUCUCUUCCCUGUUUCCUAAACAGCAGAGUUCCUCCUCUGCCAGAACGCCUAAGCGAGGUCCAGCUGUGGUUUUAAACAGAGACAGCCCUGAUGGACCAACACAGUCCAAAUACUUCAACAGUGACAGUUUGUCAGGAGCUGCUGCUGCUGGGAGUCAGACCUCGAGGAAGAGGCCGUGGGACGACCGCAGCGGCUCGGCCAGCAUCUUCGACUAUUUCCAGAAAACAUUAGGUACUGAGUCAGCAGCGUCGAGGGAGUCGGUGAAGAUGAGAUCACCUGCAGUGCAGCAAAGAACUGUGACUGCUACAGCCACCGCUUCCUCUUCAUCCUCUAACACGUCUUCUCUCAGCGCUACUUCAUCCUCCUCCUCCUCCUCUUCCUCCUCGCUGACAGUCAGCUGUCCUGUGUGCCAGGUGAAGGUGCAGCAGUCGAAGAUCAACGAGCAUCUGGACUCCUGUCUCUCCUGAGGGAGGAACCACAGAGGGUUCAGGGAAUUAGCUGUUUGUGAUAUUAUAUCACUUUUUGGUUUUAAUAGAUGGUUUUACUUCCCGGUUAGAUUGUUUUAUUAUUCUCUAAUAAUCAGAAUUCCUCUCUUAUCACUUGUGCCUGCUGACAGCCCAGUGCCUUAGUGUUUUAAGAAGCAUCAGGGUUUAACAGAUAAUGUAAGUUUACCUUCAAAUGUUCUAGUUUCAUCAGGAAAACAUAACAAAGGAGUUCCAGUAAGUUCUCAGUUUGUGUGUUUAUCAGGAUUUUGAAGCACUGUGGUUUUAACUGCACAGAACAUGUCAUUCUUACACUAUUUUCUAUCAUAGUGAUCAGUGAUCAGCAAUCAGUGAGAGCUCCUUCAGAAUUUACCAGAAUAAUGUGAAAACUGACCAGUUGUGGUUUGAAUUCAGAAGCUGUUGCCGUCAGUGUGGAGAUAAGAGGAGUUAUUUUUGUCUCGUCUGUGGGUGGAAGGGCUGACUUCAGUCUGACGUGUCCUUCAGACGUCAGGAGACACAGACUGACCCCUGCUGAUCUGCAGGAAUCAAAUUUCACAGCCGCUAGCUGUUUAUUUCUACUUCACACUGACACUGACACGGCAUCGAUCCACAGGGUCGGGCCCUGUGAGGGUUUCUGAUUGUUCAUGCACCGAUUCUAAUGUGCUCCAGUCGUCAGAUUUACACUAAAACACAUGAGGAUGGUUGAAACUUUUAUUAUUUGUUGGUGAAAUGUGAAGAUUUCUGCAAAAACAUCCGGAUUUUAUACGUUUAUACGUUGUUUUGUAUUUGUUGUGUUUGUUUUAAAGUAAAUUGUUAAACAUGUUCAGGUUUUGUUCAUAAUAAAAAUGUUUUACUUUCCAUUUA